ACGACUUCGACAUCUACCAUGGAUAAAUCCCUUGACGACAUCAUCUCCGCCAAGCCUAAGACUGGUCGUCGUGGUGCAGCUCGUCGCCCUAGCGCCCGCGCUCAAGUCCUUGGUUCGACAGCUGUUUCACCUGUGCAGCGUGCCCGUGCUGCGAACAUAGCCGCGUCCAGAACCGCCAAGGCCGUAGUUCCAGCAUCGACCAAAAUCAUUGUUUCCAACCUUCCCGUUGACGUGAAUGAGACUCAAAUCAAGGAACUCUUCACUACGACUGUCGGCCCCCUCCGAGAUGUGACGCUUCAUUACGACGCUGGAGGUCGCUCCAAAGGUGUUGCGUCGGUCCAGUUUUCGAACAAGGGUGAUGGCGAAGUCGCUUAUCAACAAUACAACAACCGCCUCAUCGAUGGAAGUUAGUAUCGCGUCUCAUCAUUUCGUACCGUUCUUGCCCAUGGAAGAGCAAUCUCUUCUUGUAACCUUCCAAGUUUCAGAGGAUUCGUUGGCUCCCUGUCUCUGUCGGAUAUGCUGGCCACUCGAAAUCUCAACAGUUAUUGGAAGGGUUGGCUGUGGAAGAGAGGAGCCCGCUGGGCCAUUGGAGAGACCGUGGGCCAGGUGGCCAUGCGUCCGUCGUAGGCCUGUGGACCUUGGGUGCCUUACUAGCCCAGGUUCAUCAACAUUCUCAGGUCUGAUCAACCUGUAGAAUCGGCUGCAUUCAUGUGGCGACUGAUGAUGGCAGUCCGUGAAACGACGUAUUCCAUGGUUUGGUGUGGGGAGUUCUUGUGUUGCGCGUAUCGGCCUCGGUUAUUCGGACAAGACCCAGGUAUAGCAAGCACUGCAAAUUGACAG